AUGACAAACCCUGACACUGCCGCCUCAUACAACGUACCUGAAAAUGGGUACUUUGGGCCAGUAUUUACCACGAACGAGCUCACAGCAGCAUUACAAUUAAUUCGCGACCAAGUCCAAGAAUCCGCCGGCUCAUCUGAGACUGAAUAUUAUGGGCCAGUAUUCGCUAUGAGCGAGCUUGCGUCCGCGCUUAAACUGAUUCACGACCAAGAUGUAAUGACAAAAGCUCACGAUGGCUACUCGCUUGCCGAUGCACCUUUACCAUCGCCUAGUUUGCAGGGCUGCCCUGCUUGCAUUUUCCGUACUCACCGUCAAACUUGUUACGUCUGCCGCGCACAUAUUUCCGCAUGUCACGCAUCAUCCUCCCGGGCCACUGAGUCUAUGUCACUCACAACAAACACUACGGCAAACGAUAAACGACAACAGUGA